CUGGUUGACCCGUGAAGCUGUUAACGAUCUCAACGAUUUGUUUGGGGUCACAAUGGGUCUGUCCAUGAUGAAUAUAUUAAUAGUAACGUUAUUCGACGUAUACUCUGAAGUGCUUCAUGCGUACACGAGUGGUCUUGAAGAACGGACAACAUUUAGAUCAAUUGCGAUGUUCAUCAUUUGGAUGAUGCAACAUUUUUUUAGGUUCCUAAUAAUCGUUGUUACUGCACACAAUACCACGAAACAGGCCUUAGAAACUAAAAAGAUAGUAGCAGAAAUGACUAAUCGAUUUUUAGAUGUUAAGACGAAAGAAGAGCUACACAUAUUUCAUAACCAACUAUCUAUAUCUUCAAUUCAAUUUACGAUCUGUGAAACUUUCGCUCUAAAUAAUAACCUCUUCACUUCGGCAGUCGCUGCUUUUGCUACUUAUUCAAUCAUACUAUUACAAUUUCAUUCGAAGAAUAAAAUCUGAUGUGAUACAAAUCAUCAAUUCAAUCCACGACAACAGAUAAAUGUAAUUUUGUACAUCUCUAACGGAAUAAGAUUACACCAAGAUCGCGCAUAUGCAAUGAGCACCUAAGUGAUGUCCAACCAUCUU